UGGCAUUGUUGGAUAAGAUCUUUUCAACAAAGAGAAAACUCGAUUACGUUGAUCGGGGCUCAAGAAACUGGGCCAGUUGGACGAGCGUCACCGACAGCCGACAAAUACUACGGGAGGCACGAGCAUGUGAUAAGGGCGGGGUGCGGGCGGCGGGCGUGGGCGCAACGAUCGCGUCACUCAGGAAGAGGGGAGGCGUACUUCUAUGUUUACUUACUAUUUAGUCAGAGGCUAGUACACUUGCACAUUCCACUCCGGUCGGCCGAUCGCCAGUCGAAUCGCUGCAGUCUUUGUGCAUUUAAAAUCAAAGUUUCUGAAUUGCAUUUUGUAAGGCAGUGAUUGUUUGUGACAAGGAUUCCUUUUUUACAUGUCAGUGAACAGCUGUGAGGUCUAUCCAUACAUGACUAUGAAAUAAAAUGAAAUUUAGGUCCUGUGAGAUAACACCAGAGCAAGUGAGAUUGCUACUGUUUAAAGAGUGUGACUGGAGAGGAAGAAAAGUUCUCUUUGAUUCAUCUACUAUAGAGAGAAUCCCAGCUGACAAGAAUGGAAAACUUGAUCAACACCAGAAGAAUGAUAACCCAUGUAUUGUGGAGGUGGCAAAUGGAUACAGCUAUGUGUACAAGGGGCCGGCGGCGGACGCGAGCGUUCUCGGUGACAUGAUAUUCGGCGCGGUCGCAAUGAAUUUUAAGAAUGUCUCGCUGAAGAUUCACAUCAUGAAUGAUCCUAAAAGGUUUAUGUGCACGAAAGUGUUCUGUGUACCGAUGUCUCGACGGAUAAGUCGUGUCGAGCGGAAGACCAGCGAAACCAACAAUAACGUGGUGCGAAACUCCUCGACGCCUUUAAACGUGCCGUCGUGGAGAGGGGAGGAGGUGUCACUGAGCUUCUCCAUCGAUAGGGGAGAUUCGGGUUUCUACAGCGAGCAAUCCCCUUACAGCAGCGUGGGGUCCAACUUCGAACACUAUUCUAUGUACGACGCCGGGGAUAGAAGUAACACUCAGGAAGAGUUGAGUUUCAUUUGUCCGCCGGGUCGCAAGCUCAGCGUGUCAAGUACAGGCAGUUGGCAACGCAGAACCUUCCAGAGUAUGGCAACACGCUUCGACCUCGGCGGCACCAGCUUCCUCAGUGUUCCCACUAACACCACCAGCUCUGAUUCACAGAUGUACAAAAAUAGUACAACGAGCGGCACAAGUGACAGCCUCCUCAGUGCAACAUCUGGCGUAGUGCCGCGUAGGAACAAGCUUGGAUUAGCUUUGUUGAUCACUGUACCUGAUUCAUCUGAUAUGGAUUUCAUACGUCGUUGUGUGGAACAUUCGCCUCAGCUACAAGCAUUGGUGUGUCGAUUGCGAGCCGCGACAAUGGCGGCCGGUGCUGGAGGAAACUUUGUAUCUACGUUACAUACAGCUGCGGUGGAUGCUGCGAGAUGGUUAUCCGACUUAAUGUACGGUCCGCGGCUGCAGUCGUCGUGGCUGAGCCUGCUGAGCUGUGAGCCGCGCAUCUGCGCUAAGCAGUCAGAAUGCUUGUUGUCGGAUAUCUGCGCAGUGCUAAAAGUGGCCGACACCAAGGAUACUAAUUUUUUCAUCAGCACUCUGGUCAGCAACGUGCUCACUCACCACCUGGGCUGGGUGACCACCGUCAGCCCGUACGACGCCAUCACCCUCGCCGGAGCGCAAGCGAAGCCGGCCGCCAAGGAGUGUCGCCGCCCUUACAACGCGCUGUGGGCGCAGCUCGGCGACCUCUGCGGCAGCAUCGGCUGUCCGCCUCGCACCGCCAGGACCAUCAUCGCCGGCACCACCAACGCGCACUUCAUCAACAAGCUCCUCACCGUGCUCACCUACUUCGUCCGCUGCGGUGACGUCACCAGGACCGAUUUCGCAUACGAACACUGUGAUUUCCAAGAAAGCAUAGUCAAGUGUGUCAAUGUCGAACCGAAUUCCGGCCUCGGGGGGAGCGAGUCGUGCGGGAGUAGCGCCGGACGACUCAAAUCGCCCGAUAGUUUAAAACUGCCGUCGUUCAAUACUCAGAAUAGUGGUAGUAGUGUUAGCACGUUAGUUUCGAGCGAGGUCAGCCUCAAACGGUCGGCGACGCUCUCUAAUUUUAAUGAUAAGCUCUCUAUUGCUUCGGAGCCGGCGAUAUGCAGUCAAAAGUCGGUCGGCGGGAUGAGGAGGAACCCUACGGUAUUGAUCUCAUUGAAAGGUUCGGACUCGAGCCUAGAUUCUUCCGGGUCGGACUUGGAGUCGGAGAACAAGGUGGUGUUCGUUCUGGGCGACGACGAGAAGCUGGUCGGUUUGAAGAACAAAUCGAACGGCGGGAGGAGCGUGAAGAAGUCCUCGAAUGUGAACAACGAGCCCGUCCCUUCGGCGCAGGAGACCUGUGCGAGAGGCGAGGACGUCUGCACACAGGACAGCUCGUGCGGCGCCGACAGCCCCACCAAGUGCUGCCGCCAGACCUUGCAACAUUCCAAACCAAUAAAACAUUCCGGUUUUAAGUUUGAAUUCGAUAAGUACCCACAGAUAGUCACUAAUUAUAUGAAGAGCAAAAACUUAGAGAUACUAGAUAGGCAUUAUAUAGGGAAACCGGGGAACUUAAAACUGGACAACUUCCAGUUCGACCCGACGAUAGUACCGCCCAUUCAGGAGGAGCGGUGCGACACGUGCUACAAGUGUCAGCUGAUGGAGUCGCUGCUGCAGACGCCCACGAACGCUUCCGAAAUGGAGUACAUGAACGACAUGCCCCGACAGUCUGAACCACAAGUUGCUAAGGAGGUUAUCGUGGGCGAUGAGCAACGCGAGAUGUCGCCGAAGACUUUUGUCAGAAAACGAAACGAGAACACUAUUAUAGUAGACUUAAGAAGCGCGAGUGACAACCCGAGGCCGGCGCCGGAACCUAGAUUUAGACAACGCGUGGAAAAGCCCAAGGAACUAGUAGAUGUGAAGCGAGUUCUAGAAUUUCCAUUGCCAAGUGUUUGUUGUCGAUCUGACCAGUGCCAGAUGAGGUCCGGAUUCGACGCGUCUCUGUUGGGCGGUGUCACUGAACACUAUAUACCUGAUUUAAUUUUACAAGGAACAAUUUCAAGCCCUAAAAGUUGGGAGACUGAGUUGCGGCGGGACCUAGACCUCACAUCGUACCUGAACAAAACUUUGGACACGCCCAUGCAAGCUGUCGCUAUCAUUGGAGAUACUAACACUUGGGAGGUGCGUGUGGUGGGGCGGGAUUGUGGCUGGGGCGGGCUGUCACCGUUGGUGGGCGGGAUGUUAGACGCGCUGCCUCUCAUGCGACACGCUAAAGUACCCGCCUAUCAGUGCAUACAAUAUCUAGAGGGCAAAUUACGAGAGCUAUGCGUACUAUCGAAGACGUUGGCUGAUCUGCUUAUGACGACUGACUUCUGCGACAUCGCCUCGCUGACCAAAUCUCUCAACAUUGACGUCAACGACGUGCCCCUCCUCCUGGCCGUGGCCACCACACACACGCCGCAGCUGGCCAAUCGCUACGGCAUCAGCUACAGGUAGCCGUGGCCACCACACACACGCCGCAGCUGGCCAAUCGCUACGGCAUCAGCUACAGGUAGCCGUGGCCACCACACACACGCCGCAGCUGGCCAAUCGCUACGGCAUCAGCUACAGGUGGCCGUGGCCACCACACACACGCCGCAGCUGGCCAAUCGCUACGGCAUCAGCUACAGGUAGCCGUGGCCACCACACACACGCCGCAGCUGGCCAAUCGCUACGGCAUCAGCUACAGGUAGCCGUGGCCACCACACACACGCCGCAGCUGGCCAAUCGCUACGGCAUCAGCUACAGGUAGCCGUGGCCACCACACACACGCCGCAGCUGGCCAAUCGCUACGGCAUCAGCUACAGGUAGCCGUGGCCACCACACACACGCCGCAGCUGGCCAAUCGCUACGGCAUCAGCUACAGGUAGCCGUGGCCACCACACACACGCCGCAGCUGGCCAAUCGCUACGGCAUCAGCUACAGGUAGCCGUGGCCACCACACACACGCCGCAGCUGGCCAAUCGCUACGGCAUCAGCUACAGGUAGCCGUGGCCACCACACACACGCCGCAGCUGGCCAAUCGCUACGGCAUCAGCUACAGGUAGCCGUGGCCACCACACACACGCCGCAGCUGGCCAAUCGCUACGGCAUCAGCUACAGGUAGCCGUGGCCACCA